CAACAAUAACAGCAACAGCAGCAAAAUAAAAGCAAAAAACGUUUGGCAAAAUAUUUCACCGAAAUUUUCCAAUUCAAUGCGUAUAGUAUAUAUGUUUAUGUAUAUGUAUAUGUAUACAUAUAUUGGCUAACCUUUGCAACGACCACCGGCGGCACAAAUCGACGAGAUAAGCACAGGCGAGACGCGAUGAAAUUCUAGCAACAAAAAUAAGAAUAUGCACAAUAUUAUCUUGUGCACAACGACAUACAUACAUAUAUGCAUACAAACAUACAAAAUAAUAUAAAAAGCCAAAACAACAAAAGCGCAAAUAUCAAAUGUUAAAAAGUAAAAAUAUUUCGACUCAAAAUCAAAUGCAUCAACGCGCUAGUAAUUAGAGUUCACCACCAACAAUUAGAUUUGUAAGCUAAAUUACAUGCAAUACAUACAUACACACAUACAUACGUACAUAUGAACUAAGUAAAAGCGAAAAUUUUGCACAGAAGCAGCGCGAAUGUGACGUGAUUUCUUCGUUUGGUCAGCAAACAAAAAUUAUCAGCAGGCACAAAUUAAAGAAAAAACAAAAUCUAUAUAUAAAAUAAAUAAUAAUAAUAAAAAACGAAGUAAAAAAAAUGCAACAUUUCUUUCUGCUAAAGAAAAUAACUGCAAAUAAUUUGUACUAACAAAAAAAAAACAAAAAUCUACACAAUUUACGCACGUAACGAUCGCACCAAAAAGAUAAAAAAAAAAAAAUAACAAGCAAAAAGCAAAAAGAAACAAAAUAAAACUAAGUAAAUAGAAAGAAAGAAGAUAAACACACAAACAAAGGAGAGAAAUUCAAAAAAUAAAAGUACUUCAACGUCUGAUAUUUAUAUCUUAACUGCAAGCACUGCAAACUUAAGCGAACAUAACUUAAAUCCCUAACCAAAUAAGCUAAGUAAAGCCAAGUCAGUCAACAACACAACAACAACAACAAUAGAUUACUAACAAGCACUUUUGCUCUUAACAAAGCGCGAUCAUACACAUUAGCAUAUAGCGAACAGCCUACAGAUCCGUCUCAACUACAAACAGCAAAAAAAAAUUUAAAAAAUUAAAAAGAAAAAAUAGAAAUAGAAAAAACAAAAUUAAUAAUAAAAAUUGAACAAAUCUCAACUUUAGCAAUAAACGCAGCGCCAGCAGCAGCAGCAGCAUCACCAAAAAUUUAACAUUAUGAAUUCAAGCACAAAACACCUGCUGCACUGCACCCUCCUUAUCAUUGUGAUAAUAACAUUUGAAGUAUUCUCCGGUGGUAUUAAAAUUGACGAGAACUCUUUUACACUUGUCGAUCCAUGGACUGAGUACGGCCAAGUGGCCGCUGUACUUUUGUACUUACUACGUUUUCUAACUUUCCUCACGCUGCCGCAGGUCUUAUUCAAUUUUUGCGGUCUCGUCUUCUACAAUGCCUUUCCCGAGAAGGUGGUGCUUAAGGGUAGCCCCAUAUUGGCGCCAUUCAUUUGUAUACGCGUUGUGACACGCGGUGAUUUUGCCGAUCUGGUUAAGACAAAUGUAUUGCGUAAUAUGAAUACAUGCCUGGAUACGGGUUUGGAGAAUUUUCUAAUUGAAGUUGUCACAGAUAAACCAGUUAAUUUAGCACAACAUCGUCGUAUACGGGAAAUAGUCGUGCCAAAGGAAUAUAAAACACGUACCGGUGCAUUGUUUAAGUCACGUGCUCUACAAUAUUGUCUGGAGGAUGAUGUGAAUGUGUUGAAUGACAAUGAUUGGGUCGUACAUUUGGAUGAGGAGACAUUGUUGACGGAGAAUUCUGUACGUGGUAUUAUCAAUUUCGUUUUGGAUGGUAAACAUCCAUUCGGUCAGGGUCUCAUCACGUAUGCCAAUGAGAAUGUGGUUAAUUGGCUAACCACAUUGGCGGAUAGUUUUCGUGUGUCGGAUGAUAUGGGUAAAUUGCGUUUGCAAUUUAAAUUGUUUCACAAGCCGUUGUUCAGCUGGAAGGGCAGCUAUGUUGUAACGCAGGUCGGUGCUGAACGUCAAGUGUCCUUCGAUAAUGGCAUCGACGGCUCCGUAGCCGAGGAUUGUUUCUUUGCAAUGCGCGCCUUCUCACAGGGUUACACUUUCAAUUUCAUCGAAGGUGAAAUGUACGAGAAAUCACCAUUCACACUACUCGAUUUCCUACAGCAACGCAAACGUUGGCUCCAAGGCAUACUAUUGGUGGUGCACUCAAAAAUCAUACCACUCAAACAUAAACUCUUACUGGGCAUAAGCGUCUAUUCGUGGGUCACCAUGCCACUCUCAACAUCGAAUAUUAUUUUUGCCGGCCUCUAUCCGAUACCAUGUCCGAAUUUAGUAGAUUUCGUUUGUGCUUUCAUAGCUGCCGUCAACAUUUAUAUGUAUGUCUUUGGUGUGAUAAAAUCAUUUUCACUCUAUCGUUUUGGGCUAUUGAAAUUUAUGGCCUGUGUGUUGGGCGCCGUUUGUACCAUACCGGUGAAUGUGGUUAUUGAAAAUAUCGCUGUCAUUUGGGGUCUAUUCGGCAAAAAGCAUAAAUUCUAUGUGGUGCAAAAGGAUGUGAGAGCAAUGGAGACAGUGUGAGCGGCAUGCAAUGGAGCAGAGCUACUGCAGCAUAUUUGUGUAAAAUUUAUUUGGGCAAACGGCAUGCGAGCGUAAAGAAUGUGCUCUUCGGUGCAAAUAGCCUAUCACAAACUACAGCUACCAAAAAAUUACAAAAACAAAAACAUAACAGUUACUUUGUGGUGCGAUACUCAACUAUACAAGCGACCUUUGCUUUCAUGAUUGCCGCCAACGCCCAAUUAGUCAAUGUCACCCCCAAAGCUUAGACACGCCGCCGCCUGUAUCGCUGUUGCUGCUACUGCUACUGGUCACCAAAGCGAGACACUAUCUCCUGCGCACUAUUCACCUUUUGUUAUUGCAUACAUAUGUAUAUUCUAAUUAAAAUAUUUAAUAAAUGCGAGUUCACGCACAUACGCCACCACGACCGCUAACACCACCCAUUCGCACACUCUUCAUAAACACAAAACAGCGCCAAUACAAGACAAGGCACACGCGUACAGCACAAAUCCAUUUACACAAUUAGUUUUCACUAACACACACACACACACACACAUAUGUAGCAUAUAGAAAAAGAAAAAUCAUUAUAGUUUAUAUUGAUUAGUAUAUACAUAAAUAUAUGUAUGUAUGUACAUAUGUAUAUCAUACAUUUACAAAAGUAAUUAGGUCGAAAUUUGUUUAAUAUAUUUAAUAUUAUUGUAAAUUAAAUACUUAGUGCAAACGGUUAUUACAACAAUUGCAAUUGUAUAAUGACUAAGAAGUAAAAUGUUGAUUCCGUUGAUGAUUAAUAGUGAAUUAAUUUUGUUAAACAAUUCAUGCAAAUACCGCUUAAUAGUUACGCAUUACACACAAAUAAGUACAUAAAGAAACUUGCAACAAAUAAUUCUUAUUGAAAAAAAUAAAAUAAAAUAAAUUAAAAAUCAAUUUGAAAGACUCAUCAAAAUGUAAAGUAGUAAGAACUAUAUAAAACAAAAAAAAAAAAACAAAAAAAACAGAACAAUUCAAUCAAAUUAACCUUUAGUGUAACUUUAUGCAAUACAUAUAUUUAUUGACUUCUUAUGUUGGUUCAGACAACUCGCUGAAAUCAUUUCCUUUAUACUCACUACUAUUACAAGUGCGCUUCAAUUGGUUGCUUCCUUGAAAUUUUCGUCUGGCUCCAAUUACAACCCGCUUCCCGCACAUUUCCUUACUUUCAUAAGCCUACUGCAAUAUACAACAUACAUAUAUAUUUUUUGUACAAUAAAAGCUAAUUCAAUACCUACAUACCUAAAGCUUGUGAGAUUCUUCGUUUAAACUCGGCUCUGUUGUAAAUUUAUUUUCCGCUAUUUUCUAUUUACUUAAGCAUUAGUUUAUAUUUAUUUAAAAUGUAUCAUUAAAAUUCUCUUAAGUUGAAAUACGUAUUGGAUAAAAAAUAAGUAAUAAAUAAAAUCAGCAAAAACAAGUGAAAAAGGAUUUCCCUUAAAAAAAUUUGUUGCAAGUUUUUAAAAAAUAAAACAAAAAUAACAAAUUACACAAUUAAAGCUUUACCAAGUUGGUUAAUAAGUUAUGCACAUAUUAUUUUCUACAUAUAUAUUUUCCUUUUUUUUAUACAUAGUAACAUAUAUACAAUCUUUUUUAUUAUCAUUUUUUGUUUAUAUACUCCAUCAUUGUCGUAUUAGUUGUAAGUGUAAAAGAUAAAACGCAAAAAAAAAAUCAAAUAAAAAAU